CCGUUACCGACGCCACCGCCGUGACUGCAGUAUACGACAAUUCGAUGAACCCCCAUACAAGGUGGUUUUGUUUUGCGGACAGAAGUCCGUGCUUGACAGAUACGUCUUUCAAACGUGAAGCAGUUUUGCAAAUUUCACUCUGUAACAAGAAUCUAACAGAGCGCAAUAAACAUGUCAGAUCCGGAGCUCGAAGCGUUACGACAGCAACGACUGGCUCAAUUGCAGUCUCAAUACAAGGGUAACAAUGUCGACAAUAAGCAAGCAAUGGAAGAGAGAAUGCAACAGAUGGAAGACAUGAGGAACUCUAUAUUAACUCAGGUGUUGGAUCAAUCAGCCAGAGCAAGAUUGAAUACACUUUGCCUUGGAAAACCAGAAAAGGGAAAAAUGGUGGAAGAAAUGCUUGUAAAUAUGGCACAACGUGGUCAAAUUGCUGGGAAGCUUGGGGAAAAAGAACUGAUCAGUUUACUCGAGAGUGUGAGUCAGCAAACACAGAGGAAAACAACUGUCAAAUUUGAUAGAAGACGAGCAGCUUUGGAUUCUGACGAUGAUAUGGAGUUAUAGCAGUUGUGCAGGUUUUGUAUUUAAAAUUGCUAAAAUUUUAGCACCUUUGAUUCUAAAAGAUUGCAGAUAAUCCUUUAUUGUUAGAUUACAUACUUUUAAACUUAGUCUAUAUUUUUAUGCUUUACUCAAAUAAAAGUUAUAAAUACUGA